AUCCCACCAUAUCUCUUCAACCACACCACACCUCGCCUUCCUUCUCCUUUCUUACGAGCUCGUCACUGUAUCAAAAUGGGCAGCAUUAUCGAGGCUGAGAAGCCAGUCACCGGAUGGGCGGCGAGGGACUCCACCGGACUGCUCUCGCCCUACGCCUACACCCUGAGGAAGACGGGAGCGGAGGAUGUGGUGAUCAAGGUGCUCUACUGCGGCAUUUGCCACACCGACCUCCACCAGGCCAGGAAUGACCUCGGCAUGUCCAAGUAUCCCAUGGUUCCGGGGCAUGAGGUCGUCGGGGAGGUGGUGGAGGUGGGGGCGGAGGUGAGGCGGUUUCUGGUCGGCGACCGCGUCGGAUCCGGCGCCAUAGUGGGGUGCUGCGGCGAGUGCCGGCCGUGCAGGGACGAGGUGGAGCAGUACUGCAACAAGAAGAUCUGGUCCUACAACGACGUUUACUUCGACGGCAAGCCGACGCAGGGCGGCUUCGCCUCCGCCAUGGUCGUCCACCAAAAAUUCUUGGUUAAGAUUCCGUCGGGCUUGGCUUUGGAGCAAGCGGGGCCGCUCCUCUGCGCCGGCGUCACGGUCUACAGCCCGCUGAAGCACUUCGGCCUCACGACCGCCGGCCUCCGGGGCGGGAUCCUCGGACUGGGCGGCGUCGGCCACAUGGGCGUCAAGUUCGCCAAGGCGCUCGGCCACCACGUCACCGUCAUCAGCUCCUCCGACCGGAAGCGCGCCGAGGCCGUCGACCACCUCGGCGCCGACGCGUACCUCGUCAGCUCCGACGAGGCAGCCAUGGCCGCCGCCGCCGACACCUUCGACUACAUCAUCGACACCGUGCCGGUGCACCACCCGUUGGAGCCGUACCUGGCGCUGCUGAAACUCGACGGCAAGCUGGUGCUCAUGGGCGUCAUCAACCAACCGCUCCAGUUCCUCACUCCCAUGAUCAUGCUAGGGAGGAAGUCGAUCACGGGGAGUUUUAUCGGGAGCAUGAAGGAGACGGAGGAGAUGCUGGCGUUCUGCGUGGAGAAGGGGCUGAGCUCCACCAUCGAGGUGGUGAAGAUGGAGUACGUCAACGAAGCGUUCAAAAGGCUGGAGCGCAACGACGUCAGAUAUCGCUUCGUCAUCGAUGUCGCCGGAAGCAAUCUCGAUGCCUCCGGUGGCGCAGAACUGCACUGAUCGCUUUAACGGAACAAGAAUAAAGAAUUUGUGGUUUGUGCUGUAUUCAAUUUAUGGUUUCUUUCUUCGCUAAUUUGCUUGCAAUUUUAUUUGCGACAUUUCUUCGCUAAAUGGAGCACUUAUUGGUAAAAA